AUGCCGGAGGGGAUGAUCGGAGGGUGGAAUGGGCCGGCGGCGAUGGGUGGUGAAGAUAGGUUGUAUGUGGUGGAUGAGGCAAACUGUGUUCUGAGCAAGUAUGAUUCAGAGAAUGACUCAUGGGAAGAGGUGGUUGACUCGCCGGAGAUUCUGAGAGGUGCUCAGCAGAUAACCGCCGGGCGGGGGAGAGUUUGUGUGGUUUGUGGGGGUGGUGAGCGGAUUGCGGUGGUGGACGUGAUGGCGACGCCACCGAGGAUUUGGAUGGUAAAUCCGCCGGAAGGAAGGGAAGUUGUUGCCGUUCAUAUAUUGCCGAGGAUGAGCUUGCCAGAAUGGUGA